AUGUUCAAGAAGGCAUUACCAUUAGUCACCAAGCUCACAACACCAAAAGGUAUCACUUAUAACCAACCUCUUGGUUUAUUCAUUAACAAUGAAUACAUACACCCAAAGCAACAAAAGACAUUUGAAGUUAUUUCUCCUUCCACCGAGGAUAAAAUAACUGAUGUUUACGAAGCUUUAGAAGAAGAUAUUAAUACGGCUGUUGAUGCCGCACAAGCCGCAUAUCACAAUGGUUGGGCUCAAGGGCCACCAGAACAAAGAUCAAAAGUUUUGUUCAAAUUGGCCGACUUGAUUGAACAAAAUGCCGAGUUAUUAGCUCAAAUUGAAACUUGGGACAAUGGUAAAUCCUUACAAAACGCCAGAGGUGAUGUUGCUUUGACUGCUGCUUAUUUCAGAUCUUGUGGUGGUUGGGCCGAUAAAAUCUUGGGUUCCCAAAUCAAUACUGGUAACACCCAUUUCAACUACACUCAAAGAGUUCCAUUGGUCUGUGGACAGAUUAUUCCUUGGAAUUUCCCAUUGUUGAUGGCUUCUUGGAAAUUGGGACCAGUUCUUGCUACUGGUUCUACCACCGUUUUAAAGACUGCUGAAUCCACUCCAUUGUCUGCUUUAUAUCUUUCUCAAUUAUUAGUUGAAGCUGGUAUGCCAAAAGGUGUUGUCAACAUUGUCUCCGGUUUUGGUGCUACUGCUGGUGCUGCCAUUGCUAAACAUCCAAAGAUUGAAAAAGUUGCUUUUACCGGUUCUACUGCCACGGGUAAAAUUAUCAUGAAAUUGGCUGCUGAAUCGAACUUGAAGAAAGUUACUUUGGAAUUGGGUGGUAAAUCUCCAAACAUUGUUUUCAAUGAUGCUGAUUUGGACAAGACCAUUCAAAACUUGAUUGUUUCUAUCUUUUACAAUUCUGGUGAGGUUUGUUGUGCUGGUUCUCGUCUCUUAGUUCAAUCUGGUGUUUACGACCAAGUUGUUAAAAAAUUCAAAGAAGCUGCUGAAACUGUUAAGGUUGGUAACCCAUUUGAGGAAGAUACUUUUAUGGGUGCCCAAGCUUCUGAAGUCCAAUUGUCCAAGAUUUUGAAAUACGUCGAAUCUGGUAAAUCACAAGGUGCUACUGUCGUUACUGGUGGUGCUAGAGCUGACGGAAAAGGUUACUUUGUUAAACCAACUAUUUUUGCCGAUGUUAAAAAAGAUAUGGAUAUUGUGAGAGAAGAGAUCUUUGGUCCAGUUGUCACUUUGAUCAAAUUUGACACCGUUGACGAAGCUGUUGAAUUGGCCAAUGAUUCCGACUAUGGUUUAGCUGCAGGUAUCCACUCUACUGAUGUCAACAAGUGUAUUGAUGUAGCCAACAGAGUUAAAGCUGGUACUGUUUGGGUUAACACCUAUAACGAUUUCCACCCAAUGGUUCCAUUCGGAGGAUUCAGUGCUUCUGGUAUUGGUAGAGAAAUGGGUGAAGAAGUCUUGCAUGAAUACACUCAGGUCCGAGCUGUGAGAAUGAAAAUUAACCCACCAAACUAA